AUGGGAGCGCGGCGUAUGGGAGGGCGCCGGGGCCGCCCCCAAUGGGAAGCUACGGCGCGCGGCCGGGACUUGGAGGCGGCGCGGCGGCGCGGGUGCGGUUGUCGGCGGCGGCGGCGGCGGCGGGAGAGGAGGAUGUGGGCCACUCACGGGCUGGCGGUGGCGCUGGCCCUGAGCGUGCUGCCGGGCAACCGGGCGCUGCGGCCGGGAGACUGCGAAGUGUGUAUCUCUUACCUGGGAAGGUUUUACCAGGACCUCAAAGACAGAGAUGUCACCUUCUCCCCAGCCACUAUUGAAAAAGAGCUCGUGAAGUUCUGCCGUGAGGCAAGAGGGAAGGAGAAUCGGCUGUGCUACUACAUCGGGGCUACAGAUGACGCAGCCACCAAGAUCAUCAACGAGGUGUCGAAGCCCCUGGCCCACCAUAUCCCCGUGGAGAAGAUCUGUGAGAAGCUGAAGAAGAAAGACAGCCAGAUCUGCGAGCUCAAGUACGACAAGCAGAUCGACCUGAGCACAGUGGACCUCAAGAAGCUCCGAGUGAAAGAGCUGAAGAAGAUCCUGGACGACUGGGGGGAGACGUGCAAAGGCUGCGCAGAGAAGGCCGACUACAUCCGCAAGAUCAAUGAACUCAUGCCUAAAUACGCCCCCAAGGCGGCCAGCGCACGGACUGAUUUGUAGUCGGCCUGACCCCCUCCGCCCCGGAGAGGGGAGCAGCAGCUCCGCUGUCUCUCCCCAAAAUCGCCUUUUUGUAAUUUAUUUUUUAAGUGGGCUCCUGACAACAACAGGUGCGAAGCCUGGAGCUUUCCGUGACGCCAGCUCUGCUAGUGCCCCUGGGGGGGAUUUACUCCCUUCUGUUGCUGGUUUACUCUAGGACUUCAACAUGUGUCUGGGAUUUUUUUAUUAAAGGAGAAAAAAGUUC